AUGAUCAACUCCAUCAAGGCCCCAUCUUUCCUCCGUCCGACAAGCCGUCCAUCUUCACCCGCCCCACUUCCUUUGACACCUCGCACCGACUCUGUCGAGCGGACUGCCCGCCCUUUGACGAAACUUUCGUCGUUGGGAAACUUCCGUCGCCCUUCACCAGCUCCCAACCCACCGUCACCUGUCGCUCCCACUACGUUGAUCCAAGAUGGCUCGUAUCUCGAAACUCUCGCACUCAAAUUGAGUGAUGCGGCCUCCAAAGCUUUACUUCAGCCAACCGGGCCCUCAGUCACCAAUGAUGUAGUCGGGGGUAAACGGCCUAUCCCUGCUGGACGAGGGAAAACAUUCGGUGCCGUCAUCGCGUCUGAAUUGGCUGCUACUCGCGAAAACCCGCACCUUAAUCGGGCAAUCGUUCGGUCUCUACUACGACCGCUUUCAGUUCUCCUCUCUAAUCUCUCUGCCCAUCUUUUACCCGUCAUCUCCUCGACUUCUUUUCUGUCCCCUCCUGCUCCCACCGUCGCUACUCCAAACCCGAAUCCGACCCAACUUCAUGCGUUAGGCUUGACCACCUUUGCGAGCGAGCUUCUUGAAGUAUUCGACGAGUUAUGCCUCGGACUUGACAAUGACAUUCGCGGAGAUGGCCUUAAGGUUAUACGCGAUGGUCUUGUCUCCAUUAUCAACCGAGUCGUCAAUCCACUGGUUGCUGGCAUCAAGUCGGAGUUAUUGCCGGUCUUGGACGCCCUUGAAACGCCUAAUGGUACCAGAACCACCUUGGGCGCAAAGGGCGGAAUUGUCUCACACCCGUCUAUUACCGCGCUCUCUUCACUCAUGCCUAUUUAUGCACGGGCAUUGAGCCGUUAUACCUCCUCUCGCUAUGCACAGGCAGCUUUAGCUCCUUUCCUGAUCUCAGUCGUCUGGCGAGGACUAGUCGCUUUGGCUUAUCGGCCCCAUAUGCCAGUAUCUCGACCGCCUACUCCUGGGAAAGAACGAUCGUCGUCGUUAACACCGCCUGUCACUCCCCCAUCUGCACGUUUCACCAUCAAGUUGCCACCCUCACGCCCUCCUUCACCACCACACGCCCAAGUUCCAGCAUCGACAGCCUCAGAUGCUCGAGCAUUGUGUGAUUUACUAGCCCUACUCCCUUGCCCAGCGGACAGAGAAUCGACUCGUCUAGCGAACGAGGCAAUCGAAGAGGCCUUGACUGGUCUCAAGUCACUCCCCGAUCUCUUAGACGCUCUGAGGACGGAGCAGGAGCAGAAUAUGGCCAUGACUGAAGAGCAGUUGGAAAGACUCACUGAAGAACUUCCCACUCUUGUUGCGCUACCCGUUCUUCUCAACGCAUAUGGUGGUCAAGCCGGGUGUGUUGCAGAAAUGCUGGGGCUCUCGGAGGAUGAGUAUCACAAGGGAUGUUUGUCGGGCUUUGGCCGCGCUGACGAGUGUGCUGGUGUCGUUGGUCCGCGACUACUGGACCUUAUGCCUCAACACGACAACAUCCCCACCAAAGUUCUUGACUGGCUGGCUGCAGAAAUGGAAAACUGA